AUGGGCAGCCAAGAGGCGCCCCUCUCGCGACCCUCGGCCUCCAGGCACCGCCGCCGGCCGCUGAGCGACGACGCGGAGGAGGCGUUCUCCCCGAAGCGCCAAAAGCGUAGCCUCCAUCGUCAUCACCAUAGCCACCGCCACGGGGACAGGGGAGAUCGGGGCGAGGCAGAGGACGGUGAGAUACUAGACGACGACGACGAUGCCGCCGCCAACAUUAGGGAUGACAUCGGCAAGGCGGGGUCGGUGUUCUGCGGUCUGGCACCUGCUCCGGAAUGUGAUGAUAAAUCUGAUGCAAAUAAGUGUAGCAAGGCAAACCACAGAAGCAAGAGAUCUGAGGAAAUCAUUGAUGAAUCUUUCAAGGAGGAAGAUCACGAUAACUUCGAACACUUUGCAGAGCAAGAAGAAGAUGAUCCUGAAAAAACUAAGGAGGAAGCAAGAAAGAGGAGGGAUGCUAUUCUGGAGAAACACAGGCAACUCCAGUUGCAGAAGCAACAGCAGGAACCAGUGCCUUGCCUAGAUAGUAAAGAAGUAACAUCACUGGAUAGAGAUGCUGCUGCUACUGAAGUGAAAGAUGCUUAUUCAGUCACCUUAAUGGUUGAGGGAAAGAUUGGAAAUAAUCACGAGCCAUCAAAUAUGACCGUUAAUGGAAACUCGUACACUGUGAGGAAAUAUCAUCCAACCCAGCCUAACAUUUCAAUCAACUUGGGAGUAUCUGGUGAUCAAAGGACGAAGGGUUUUUCAGAUUUUGAAGAGAGCAUUCCCAUGAGUGGAAGAUCUUCAGAUAUACUUUGCGGUGAUAUUUUUGGAGUAUCACCUAUUAUAGUUCAAAAAUCGGGUAAUCUAGAUGGUAUGCAUAUCAGGAAAAAUGGGCUCCGCGACAACUGGGACGAUGAGGAUGGAUAUUACAAGUACCACUUGGGGGAAGUGCUAGGUGGCCGUUACAGAAUUACAGCAGGCUAUGGAAAGGGAGUUUUCUCAACUGUUGUGCAGGCAAAGGAUCUAAAAGCUGGGAAAAAUGAUCCUGAAGAAGUUGCUAUCAAAAUUAUCUGCAAUGACGACACAAAAGAAAGGUACAAAUCUGGUAAGAGGGAAGCUUCUGUAUUGGAAAAAUUGUCAAAUGCAGAUCCUGAAGACAGACGACACUGUGUGCGGUUUAUUUCUAGUUUCAUGUAUCGAGAUCAUCCCUGUUUAGUUCUUGAAUCUCUUCAUAUGAAUCUUCGUGAGGUUAUAAAGAAAUUUGGUCGCGAUAUAGGGCUGAAGCUUACUGCUGUGAGGACGUACUCAAAACAGCUUUUCAACGCGCUGAAGCAUCUAAAGUGUUGCAGUAUCCUCCAUUGUGAUAUUAAGCCAGAUAAUAUACUGGUAAAUGGGUCUAAAAGCUUGUUGAAACUAUGCGAUUUUGGUAAUGCUUUGUCUGCUGGAAGAAAUGAUAUCACACCAGUUCUUGUGAGCCGCUUCUACCGAGCGCCUGAGAUAAUUCUUGGAUUGCCCUACGAUCAUGCGUUGGAUAUGUGGUCAGUUGGCUGUUGCCUAUUUGAACUUUACACAGGAAAAAUCUUAUUUCCUGGUGGGACAAACAAUGGCAUGCUUUGGCUUCACAUGGAAUUGAAGGGCCCAUUCCCUAAGAAGAUGCUUCGAAAGGGGGCCUUUACAAGUCAACACUUUGACCAUGACCUUAAUUUUUAUGUUACUGAUGAGAACCUGAUGAUGAAAAAGGCUGUGAAUAAAUUGCUGAUGAACUUUAAAUCAAAGGGUGUUGGCUCCAAAAUAUCAAGCUUCCCAGGCGAGGAUCUAAAGUUGCUGUCCAGGUUUAAAGAUCUCCUGGAAAAAAUAUUCGUUUUAGAUCCAGAAAAGAGGCUUACUGUGUCACAAGCACUUGGCCAUCCAUUUAUCACUGGCGAGUGAAAUAGUGAAUUGAUAAGAUCAUACCCCUCAGUUCUAGUAUUAUUGAGCUUAUCUUCUUUCUUAACUGAACGUUGGGUUUAACCUGUCUAACGCAUCGCCGGUUAUGUCUUUUCUCCGUGAGGCUGGAGCUUUAAGAAUUAAGGUCAUAAUACCUGGACGAAGCAUGGAAAAGGUGGCUAUCUUGUCUUGAGCCUCUUCUGUAGUACAGUAGUAUCUGCAAUUCUGUAUAUUGCUGUCUUUGGUAACAGUUACAUUA